AUGGAAAAUAAGUCAAGAGUCAGCGAAUUCCUUCUGCAUGGAUUCCCUAAUAGUGAGGAGCUACGGAUAGUCCACAUCAUUGUUUUUUUAAUAAUUUAUUUAGUAGCCCUCAUUGAAAAUCUCAUCAUUAUCACUGUCGUUGUUUAUAGUCAUCAACUCCAUUCACCCAUGUAUUUUUUUCUAGUCAAUCUAUCCUUGCAGGAUCUUAGCUCCAUCUCAGUCACAGUUCCCAAGUCAAUGAUGAAUUCCUUGAUGAACACAGAAGCCAUUUCUUACUCUGGAUGUCUCUGCCAAGUUUUCUUCCUUGUUUUCUUCAUGCUGUCUCAUUUCUUUCUGCUGGGAAUCAUGGCAUAUGAUCGUUAUGUAGCCAUCUGCAGCCCACUGCGUUAUGAGAGUAUACUGAGCAAAAAAGCCUGCAUCCAAAUGGCAACCAGUGCAUGGAUGGGUGGUCUUUGCUAUGCAAUACUUUACACAGGAAAUUUGUUUACUGUGAAGUUCUGUUCCAGAAUCAUCAAUCAGUUCUUCUGUGAAAUCCCUCAAUUACUCAAGAUCUCUUGCUUUAACUCAUAUGUUGCAGAAGAAGAGAUACUCAUCUUGGGUUCUUCUUUAGGAUUCAUUGUUUUUGCUCUAAUUGUAUUUUCAUAUGUGAAGAUUUUUCAAGCAGUUUUGCAAAUCCCAUCUACCCAAGGAAAGCAAAAGGCCUUCUCUACUUGCUUACCCCACCUCAUAGUCAUUUGUUUUUUUCUGGUAAGUGGUACCUUUGCAUACCUGAAACCCACAUCCAGCUCUCCAUCAACAUCAGACAUCCUGGUUUCUAUGUUUUAUUGUGUGGUACCACCAGUCAUGAAUCCACUGAUCUAUAGCAUGAGAAAUAAGGAACUCAAAAUGGCAAUCUGGAAACUGAUCUUCAAUAUUUUUUCCAACACCUUGUCCCAAAUUUCUCAGUUUUGUAUAGUUUAA